UCCUCUCUCCUCCCCUUUCCCGCCGUUCCUUCGCCCUCUCUCCCACAAUGCCGUCGAAGCGCCGCUCCAAGUCCGCCGCCGCCGUCUCUGCGAAGCCGGAGCCGGAGCCGGCUGCUUCCCCCUUGAAGAAGCUCAAGACCGAGCCCUCUGGGGACGGCACUCCCAUUUCCUCUUCCCCUAAGGUGCUUCCUCACACCAGGAAGCUCAAGGCGGAAUUGGAGGGUGACGACGAUCCUCCGGCGAGGUUCCUGGAGCCGCGUAUUUCCGAUUCUGAAGCCAGGGAGCGGUGGCCUCAACGGUACUUAGGGAAGAAGAAGAAGCAAGUAGUUGGGGUGAAGAAUUCGAGGGAUGAGUCCGAGGAUGUAAUCCAAGCUCUGCAUCAUUACUCACAGGCUGAGGUUGACAAUAUUAUUUACAAUCUCUUUGAUGAUGCUCAUGUGAAGGCUGAAGAUGGGGAGGAAGAUUAUAUAUGCAGAAUUGUGGAAAUGUUUGAGGCUGUUGAUGGGCAGCUAUAUUUCACUGCACAAUGGUAUUAUAGGGCUAAAGAUACUGUCGUGAAAGAUCAUGCUCAUCUCAUCAAUGACAAGCGUGUUUUCUUUUCAGAAGUUCGGGAUGAUAAUCCAUUGGAUUGUCUUACUAGGAAGCUAAAUAUAGCUAGAAUACCACUAACUAUGACUACGGAUAAGAAGAAAAAACGUCUUCCAGCUUGCGAUUUCCACUGUGACAUGUUAUAUUUGCUACCAUAUUCUUCAUUUGUUAAACUGCCUGCAAGUGAUAAAAGGGUCGGCAGUGAGACAUCAUCGACAAUUUCCUCUGAGGUUGAUAUCAAUGGAGCAUGUGAAGUGAAUUCAGAAAUUGGGGAUGUUUCUCAAGCACAACGGUGUUGUAAGCCUGAUGUUACACUACUAGAUUUGUAUUCAGGAUGUGGUGCCAUGUCAACUGGGUUAUGUUUAGGGGCCAAUUUGUCUGGUUUGAACCUAGUCACAAAAUGGGCAGUUGAUUUAAAUCAAUAUGCUUGUGAAAGUCUAAAGUUCAAUCACCCUGAGACGGAGGUUAGAAAUGAAAUGGCAGAAGAUUUUUUAUCGUUGUUAAAAGAGUGGGAAGCACUUUGUAAAUAUUUUUCUUUGGUUAAAAGUAAAGAGCCUCAACAAAAGUACAUAGAUCUUUUCAAUAAUGAUGAAGAGGAAGACGAAGAGGAGGAGAAUGAUGAAAAGGGUGAAGAUGAUGGAGAGGUGUUUGAAGUAGAAAGAGUACUUGCAAUAUGUUAUGGUGACCCCAACGGAAUUAAAAAACGUGGAUUGUUUCUUAAGGUUCGCUGGAAGGGUUAUGAUGCUGAUGAAGAUACAUGGGAGCCAAUUGAGGGGCUGAGCAACUGCAAUGAAAAGUUGAAAGAUUUUGUGACAAGUGGUUACAAAUCGAAGAGGUUACCAUUGCCUGGUGAUGUUGAUGUAAUCUGUGGAGGGCCUCCCUGCCAAGGCAUUAGUGGUUUCAACCGCUUCAGGAACAAAGAUAAUCCACUUGAAGAUGAGAAAAACAAACAGCUCCUUGUCUUCAUGGACUUAGUGGAGUAUCUCAGGCCUAAAUAUGUUUUGAUGGAGAAUGUAGUUGAUAUAGUAAAGUUUGCCAAUGGAUUUUUGGGACGCUAUGCUCUUGGUCGUUUAAUAUCAAUGAAUUAUCAAGUUCGCAUGGGAAUGAUGGCAGCGGGUGCAUAUGGACUUCCACAAUUUCGCAUGCGUAUGUUUAUGUGGGGCGCUCAGCCAACAGAGAAGCUUCCGCAGUAUCCUCUCCCAAGUCAUGAUGUUGUAGUGAGGGGUGUAAUUCCUACUGAAUUUGAGAUGAAUGUUGUUGCUUAUGAUGAAGGACAUGAUCGCAUCCAGUUGGAAAAGAAGCUUCUUCUAGAAGAUGCAAUUUCUGAUCUUCCUGCUAUCGAAAAUAAUGAACAUAGAGAUGAAAUGUCUUAUGAUAAACCUCCCCAGACAGAGUUUCAGCGUUUGAUUAGAUCGCCUAGGGAAGAAAGGUCCGAUUAUUAUUCAAAAUCUAAGCCAAGAUUCCAUGAUGUACUAUAUGAUCAUCGGCCACUUGAAUUAAAUACAGAUGACUAUCAACGUGUUUGUCAGAUCCCCAAGAGAAAGGGAGCAAAUUUCAGACAUUUACCUGGUGUUCGUGUUCGUCCUGAUAAUAAAGUUGAGUGGGAUCCUGAUGUUACGAGAAUGUAUUUGGAUUCUGGAAAGCCUUUGGUCCCUGAUUAUGCCAUGAGUUUUGUAAACGGAACAUCAUCAAAGCCAUUUGCCCGCUUAUGGUGGGACGAGACAGUGCCUACAGUUGUUACUCGAGCAGAGCCUCACAAUCAGGCAAUUACGCAUCCGGUGCAAGACAGAGUACUAACAAUCCGUGAAAAUGCAAGACUUCAAGGCUUUCCAGAUUAUUACAAACUCCACGGGCCUGUGAAAGAGAGGUACAUACAAGUAGGAAAUGCAGUUGCAGUACCAGUCGCUCGAGCAUUAGGAUAUUCUUUGGCCAUGGCGUUUCAAGGUUCCGCUGCAGACAAGCCUCUGUUCAGUCUCCCCAAAAAAUUUCCCAACAUACUCGAACGGGAUUCUUCAGCAUCAUCUGAAGAAGUUGCUUGAAGAGGUAAUUCUUCCAAGAUAUCAUAUAUAACAAAAUAUGUUGUAUGCUAAUUUACCUGUUGGAUUAUUCAACCUGAUGAUCUCAUUAUUGUAUUGUGAAACUGUACAAUGAGAGGUAAUCUUCAUAUUUAUAUCACAGCCAAUUCCAUGGCAGUGACAUUAACUUUAACAUAUUCAGUGCCUAUUUUGUCCUGAAUUAGUUGUCUGAAAUAAACUAGCCUACUUGAUUUUAGAAAUA